UUCUGCUUUUUCCUGCCGAACUUUAUAGAAACCGCGGCACAAAGAAACCGGAAGGGGAGGAUCUAUUGGGCGGAAGUGGCCGUUUCCACCAAUAGCAGCAGCCUCCCCGGCUUUAGCGGGGGAUUCGGUCCAUCUGUGGGGAGACCUGUUCGCGGGAAAGAAGAAGAGCAGCAGAAACCGCCAGCUAAAGAUCUGAUAAUUUCCUCAGAGGUACAAAGAGAUAUUUUCAACCUGCUGUAGAGUCGGGAUGUUGUUCCGCUCGAUCGUGGACAGAGGAGUGGGCCGACGGAGACAGAACGCCCUCCCUGCAGAUCCGUGGUCCAGGUAUCCUCUGAGCUCUCUGCUGGAGGGCUACCAGUGCGUCCGACAUGAUGAGCACAUCUCCUACGGGAACCUUGGGACAACUGUGCCACCGUUUGGAUUAGCGUUCUCCUCUGCAGGAGCUCUACAGAACGUCCUCGCUGCAGCUAAUGAAGAAGGCAUUGUGAGGAUCUACAACACAGAGAGCCGUGACAGCCCACUUCUGAAAGAAUGGCUGGCUCACGAGAACGCCGUCUUCGACAUCGCCUGGGUUCCUGGGGAGCCUCAGUUAGUGACUGCAGCAGGCGACCAAACCGCCAGGCUGUGGGACGUGAAGACCGGGGAGCUGCUGGGAAGCUUCAAGGGUCAUCUCUGCAGCCUCAAGUCUGUCGCUUUCGCCCCACAGGAGAAAGCUGUUUUCUCCACUGGGGCCAGAGAUGGAAAUAUUAUGGUCUGGGACACCAGGUGCAGCAAAAAAGACGGUUGCUACAGACAGGUGAGACAGAUCAGCGGUGCUCACAACAAAGCAGAGACAAACCCUCCCUCAAAGACAAAGAAGAAGCGCAGCAACAUGCGUGGCAUGGCUCCCAGCGUGGACAACAAGCAGAGUGUCACGGUGGUUUUGUUCCGUGAUGAGCAAACCCUCAUCUCUUCGGGGGCCGUCGAUGGAGUCGUCAAGAUGUGGGAUCUGAGGAAGACCUACACCGCCCACCAUCAGGACCCUGCACCGCUGCAGACGUACCCGUACCCCGGCUCCUGCAUGCGCAUGCGACUGGGUUAUUCCGGACUCGUUCUGGACUCGUCAAGAUCCAACGUCAUGUGUAACUGCACGGACGACAGCAUCUACAUGUUCAAUGUCUGCGGAGUAAAAACCUCUCCAGUGGCAGUCUUCAGUGGCCACCAGAACUCCUCGUUUUAUGUCAAGUCUACUAUCAGCCCUGAUGAGCAAUUCUUAGCCAGUGGAUCAAGCGACAACCACACAUACAUCUGGAAGAUCUCCGAUCCUCAACAUCCUCCCAUGAUGCUUCAGGGCCACAGUGAGGAGGUCACAUCUGUUGUGUGGUGUCCAACAGACUUCACUAAGAUCGCUUCCUGUUCUGAUGAUCACACUAUACGGAUCUGGCGGCUUCACCGGGACAUAGAUGGAGCAGAAUCAUCAGUGGGAGAAGCUAACAGAGUAGGAUGGGCUCAUCCAGUGUCUGCCUCAAGGCCUUCAGUCAGGGCUGAGACGACCCCCGCUAAGACCCAGAGGACGGAGGGUUUUGGUGGCUUAUCCUCACCCCAGCUUGCUGCCUGCCCUCCCAGUGGAGCUGCCCUGCCUUUUCCUUCCAGCACCUCGUCGCCCGUCCACUCUAAGGAUGCCAAGGCGGCCGCUGCUCAGCAGAGAACACCUCUGUCCAUCAAACAGUGGUUAUCCCCGAUCCACGGAUCUCCCAGUCAGCACCGCCGGGUGCCGACCCUGUGUCCCCAGAGCCCAGCGAGCAGCACCUCUCCCACAGAACGACGGGCCAAACGGAGGCUGGAAACCAGCGACAGUUCGUCUGCAAGCUGCGAGGGCACCCAACAGUGUCGCUGCGUCGCUGAACUUUACCCUGAAGCCAAGAGAAGCUGCCUCCUGGCUGGUGUCUGCUGCCCUGCCCAGGAGAGCUCAGGACAAACAGACUGCCACACGGAGGACAGCAAACAGGCUUCCUCUGCAUGGACUGGCAAGGAGAACUGUUCUCCCAGAGGAGUCAACUGGUUGUCAGAGAUGGGCCAAAAGAUGAAGAAAUGUCAUGGAAGCCCCAGUACCUCCAGAAGCCCCAGCAGCUCGAAGAAGCAAGAAAGGAAGACACCAGCUUCACCAACCAUCCACUCAGCACAAACCAUGAAGAAAAUCUCCAUGUAUUUUACAAAAAGGCCUCUGGAGUGAGUCACUUGAAUCAAUUAAAUGCUUCUGUUUAAGAUGCUGUGUUUUUAUUUGGGAUAUUUUUAAGUGGGACCCUCAGACGAUAAGCCUCUAAGAGCUGAUUUAUAACCAAAUGACAGGCGCACAUGAACCUCAGCUGCAUCAAGAAGGACUUAACAGCCAUUCUGAAUAUUUGAUGCUGUAGUUUUGACAUUUAAUGACCACAUUUUUUUUUUUGUUAAAUAAUUGCCUCAUAGGUUUUGCAGUCACCUUCUGCACAAUUUUCUGGUGCUGUGCACAAUUUCUAUCUGAGAGGAAAUCUUUCAAUUUAUUUCUCAGAACUUUAUAAAAUGCUUCAGCAUUUAACACAAAAGCACUCAUUAUAUACAUUGUUCAUGAGGCUGACUUGCUGUAAAUCCUCCAGUGUAAAGAAAAAUAUUCUGCUAAAAAAUGAUUUGGUGAACAUGUUUGAACCCUUUUAUGAACGUCACUAAUAUGAAACGGGGAGCCACUCAGACCAUUUCAUUUUGUAAGCAAAGUCAUUUAUAUCUUUAUCUCUUUAUCUGUUUGGGGGCUUUUUUAUGUCAGUGUUACACAAACAAUUUGUCUGUUUUUUUGUUUGUUUUUUACUUUUUUUUUUCUUGAGGAGAUGCUUAAAUUGUUUAUAUGUCCAAAAUAACCACUGAAUGAUUUAUUUGUAUUUAAAUGGCACACCUUUGUUGUGGUCAAAUGCUAUUAAAUUUAACAUAGUUUUCA